AUGCCGAUGCGAGCCCUGACACCGGAGGAGAUGGUGGAGUGGCAAGCAGCCAAGGCAAUGCGUGAGGAGAAGAUGCGAGCAUGGGAGGAGGUGCGCAAGCCUCAGAUGGCGGCGGAGGAGAAGCUCACGGAAAAGAUGAAGGAAGUGGGACGCAAGUUCGAUGAGACGGAACAGGCUCCAGAAGAGCUCGAGGCGGCGCUCCUCGAGCUCGUCGAGGCUAUCGACGUGGCAAAGAACACCGAACGUGAAGUUGGCACGCUGACGAACAUACGCUAUGUGAGCGAUGGCGUCACGACCUGCUUGGGGGUAUGGUAG